ACUCACGUUUACAGUAUAUACAAUGUUUUGUGCACACUUAAUUUUCACGUAGUUUUCUGUGACUUCAGUGUAGCUUGAAAAUCAUUUAACCUGUCACAGGUGUUAAUGUUGUACAGGCCCCCUCUUAAGGAAGGCACCCGCUGGAUCUACGGAUUAUCUACAACCAUUUAUGAAAACGUUUCUUACUGUCGCAGUGAAGCGAGUUCUAUUUAUAUUCUCUUAUUUGUUAAACUAAUUCAUUCCGUAUGUCCGUUAUUCAACUGAAACAGUGCUUACGCUAAUGUUGUAUAAAACAUAUUUAAAAGGAAUGAAAUGACGCACUUUUUCACUUUUCCCGUACUGCUUUGGAGCAUCCUGUUGGGGCCACUACUCAGCGGCAUUAUAACACCUGCAUCCACAGCCAAUGACUGUAGCUGCACUGUGAAGUCCAUAUGUCACUGUGAUGGAGUUAAGGGCAGUAAGGGUGAACCUGGGUUUCCAGGUUUUGACGGGUUGCCUGGAAUGGUUGGUUAUCCAGGGAAUGAAGGUCCUCCUGGACCUAUUGGCUCUAAGGGAAAUACCGGCAUUCCUGGAUUGUCUGGACCUAAAGGAUCACGGGGUCUCCCUGGGAAAAUUGGAUUCUCUGGACCACCUGGACUGCCAGGAUUCCCAGGAAAUGAAGGACCAAUGGGUCCACCAGGAACCCCAGGAUGCAAUGGGACAAAGGGUGACGGUGGUUACCCAGGGUUACCUGGGGUGCCAGGAAUUGUUGGAUUACCAGGCAUUCCUGGAUUUCCAGGACUUAAGGGAGACUCCUAUUCCUUCGCCCCCAUGGCUGAGGUUGUUGGAACUUGUGGACCACCAGGAAGAGCGGGUGUCAAGGGAACACAAGGUUUACCUGGAGGGCCGGGUCUUCCUGGUCCGAUGGGACCAAGCGGGAAUCCGGGAAGACCUGGAUUUCCAGGUGUACAAGGAGAGAAGGGUCAAGAAGGACAAAGUACUGUAAUUCCAGGCCCAAUAGGUGAAAAGGGUGACCAAGGACCUCCUGGGAUACCUGGGCAAAAGGGCAUAAAGCUUUAUGCAGAGGGUUCGAAGGAGCUAAAAGGGGAGCCUGGUGAUACAGGAGAGAAGGGGUGUGCAGGCCAGCCUGGAGUCCCUGGACGUCCCGGACAUAAAGGGGGAAAAGGCGACCAAGGGGAACCAGGGGCUCUGGGGAAACCUGGAAAAGAUGGGAUCCAUGGGACCUAUGGCGUUAAGGGUGAAAAAGGAGAUAUGGGCUACCAGGGACCUCCUGGAAUAAAAGGUUCAAAGGGUGUGCUUGGUGACCGUGGACCCACAGGUCCUCCAGGGAAAUUGAUCCAGAUCGAUAAGAACAUCAAAGGCCAUCAGGGUUUGCCUGGCUCUCCCGGAUCACCUGGCUCAACUGGUGAUCAAGGUGUGAUUGGUUUUCCUGGAAUGCAGGGAGAACCAGGGUUGUCUUUCCCUGGUACCCCUGGAAAUCCUGGUCCCCCUGGUUUUGCUGGUAAUAAAGGGGAAAGGGGGGAACCUGCCCCCACUAUCACUGGGCCCCCUGGACUCAUUGGACCAUCUGGAGGAAUGGGCCCUAUAGGGGACUGUGGUCCCCCUGGAAUCCCAGGUCUGUUGAGAGGUAACCCUGGACCACCUGGUCCUAAAGGUAUUAAAGGUAUCCAAGGACAACGAGGAUCAAAAGGCGGAUUUGGAGAAACAGGUGAGAAGGGUGAUCUAUGUCAACUCUGCCUGCUUACUGACACAACUCCUGGACCCCCAGGACCUCCUGGAAAGCCAGGCAUGCCGGGAGAAACAGGUCAUGAUGGUUCUCCUGGUCCCAAAGGAAUUUGGGGAGUGAAAGGACUUGAAGGUUCACCAGGUCUACAGGGCCUGUAUGGUUUAUCAGGAUUUCCAGGCCCUUCAGGGCCCAAGGGAGAGAAAGGUGUCAUGGACAUGAAAGGAGAUAAAGGGCUUGUGGGCUCAACUGGGGCUCCAGGACCUCCAGGUCGUGAUGGGACUGAUGGGGUCCCUGGAUACCCUGGAAUUAAAGGACAGCCUGGGCUGAAGGGCAACCUGGGACUUCCAGGUCCCAAGGGGGAUUUGGGGGAUUCUGGCCCUCCAGGUGUGCGUGGAUGGAAAGGCCAGAUGGGGAUUCAGGGCCCCCCAGGUGUGGGGCCACCAGGGAUGAAAGGACAGAAGGGCAACCUUGGAGUGAUAGGAUUGAAAGGGAUUCCUGGAGAUCCAGGAGAUAAAGGCGACCCAAGUAAGAUAGAAACAACCCCAGGAGACCCAGGACUGAAGGGAGAGAAGGGUAUACUUGGUAACCCAGGACCACCAGGUAAUCCUGGUGUAAAUGGCUGUCCUGGCUUUCCUGGCAACACUGGCCCAAAGGGGGAUAGAGGCCUGUCUGUCCAGGGCCCUCCCGGCAACACUGGACCAAAAGGUGAGAAGGGCCAGCCUGGGGUUGUUGGUGCCCUAGGGAUUGGGUGCAUGGGACGACCAGGACCAUCCGGAGCUCCCGGGAUGCCAGGUCCUAAGGGUGAUUUCAGACCAGGCUUUCCAGGCCUGUCAGGAAGACAGGGCCCUCCGGGGGAGGAUGGUUCUCUAGGGCUGACUGGAAACUCUGGCCAGUGUGGGCUUAGUGGAUCUCCUGGCCUACCAGGAAGAGAUGGUCCACAGGGUGGAAAAGGUUGUAAAGGGGCUGAGGGCCUGCCUGGUCAGCCUGGGGAUCCUGGCAUAGGUAUACCAGGGCCUCCAGGCCCUAUAGGGCCUGCAGGUCUCAAUGGAAUCAUUGGCUUCACAGGGAUCAGAGGACAGAAAGGGGUGCAGGGGGACACAGGUCUACCUGGCAAUGGGACACCAGGACCGGUGGGGCAGCAUGGUCCUCCUGGGUUUAAUGGAGUCUCGGGAUCUGUGGGGACUGCUGGUGCAAAGGGAUUCAGAGGAACAGAUGGUGCACAUGGUACACCAGGUCUAAGAGGAGACAUGGGGCCGCCAGGAAAAUGUGGCACACCAGGAACAGAUGGAGACCCAGGACUAGUGGGACAUCCUGGCCCAAAAGGUCUGAUGGGUGCCCCUGGGGUGGAUGGCUGCAUAGGGCCCAAGGGACCUAUAGGAGAUGAUGGCCCUCUUGGAGUUGGAGGACCCAUAACAUACAUAAAUAUUGUCGGGGAACCUGGGGACCCAGGACCUACAGGUCCAAGGGGAUUAACAGGUGCCAAAGGAGAUAUAGGUCUGACAGGGCCAAAUGGAGCCGAUGGCAAGGGUGGGAAUCCUGGGUGUGCAGGGCCACAAGGUCCCAUUGGUGACCCAGGCAAAGAUGGCCCAAAAGGAUGUCAUGGUUUUUAUGGAAACCCUGGAGCCACAGGAGACAUGGGUUUGCCAGGAGUUAAAGGUGAAAAAGGGAUGCCCGGAUGUCACGGAGAGCCUGGUUCAUCGGGAACACCAGGCAUAAAUGGUGUAAAUGGAGAGAAAGGAGAGCCCAGCCCCCCUGGUCUAGGAGCAAAAGGUCAACAAGGAGAAAAGGGAGAGACAGGGUGUCCAGGUUUUCCAGGAGAAAAAGGGGAAAGAGGUUUUGCAGGAAGGAGUGGAGCCCCGGGGGCCAUCGGCCCCACCGGACCCAAGGGAAGAGAAGGAGCCCAGGGAUCACGAGGGCCUCCUGGACCAGCAGGCGAGAAAGGGUUUGAUGGUGUCCCAGGCAACAGUGGCUGUCAUGGCCAGAAUGGACUGUCAGGGAACCCAGGAUUGGCUGGUGAUCCAGGGCCUGCAGGUCCUAGAGGAUCCCAGGGUAGAGACGGCAUCCCUGGUCCAGUGGGAGAGAAAGGAUUUAUGGGAGACACUGAAACUGGACCAAAAGGCAUAGAUGGAUUGAAGGGCCAAUUCGGACUAAAGGGGGCUGUGGGUUUUCCUGGCUGCUUUGGUCCUCCUGGGCCCUCAGGGCCUUUGGGUGAUGUUGGCCCUCCAGGUUGCCCUGGUCCUACAGGAUUGCGUGGAAGUCCCGGUCAGGUUGGAAUGUGCUUUGAAGGUCUAAAAGGAGAACGUGGACCAAAUGGCCCCCCUGGAACCCAAGGAAUGCAGGGGCCACGGGGCCCACCUGGUCCCCCAGGACCCGGGUUCAAAGGACAUAAGGGGAACAAAGGUGCCAUGGGCCUCAUAGGUACCCCUGGAUUCAAAGGACAGACAGGGGUACAAGGUAGACCGGGUAAUGAUGGCAAACCAGGUUGUCCAGGAGCCAAAGGGGAGAUGGGACCAUUAGGAAUCAUCGGACCACAUGGUCAGAAAGGAGAUAAUGGACCUCCAGGAUCUCUUGGUUCCCCUGGGCAGAAAGGGCGGUUUGGACCACAAGGUUCAAAGGGGCAUGCCACUGUCCAAGAGUUGAGACUGGCACCUGGAGAAAUGGGUCUGCCAGGAAAUCUGGGUGGAAAUGGAGAGUCUGGACCCACAGGAGCUCAGGGACACCCGGGACCCCCAGGAAACCCAGGUCCCAAAGGUAUCCCGGGCAAAAUUGGGCCAAUUGGACUACCUGGAUUACAAGGAUGCAAGGGAGACACCGGGUUACCUGGACCACAAGGUAUCCAAGGUGAGAAGGGGACUCCUGGAACCAAAGGCCCCCAGGGGCUCCCAGGUCUGCACAUUUCCAGGUCUAUAACGGAUGGCUUUAUAUUCACCCAUCACAGCCAAAAGCAGGAUGUACCCCGGUGCCCAGGGGACAGCAAGCUCAUCUACUUGGGAUACUCCCUACUCUUUAUCAACGGCAACAACAGAGGCCAUGGCCAGGAUCUAGGGACACUGGGGAGCUGUCUGCCUCGUUUCUCCACCAUGCCCUUUUUAUUCUGCAACACAGAAGAAACAUGCCGCUACGCCUCCCGAAAUGACUACUCCUACUGGCUGUCCACGAAUGAGGCAAUGCCCAGUGACAUGGCCCUCAUUUCUGGUGACUCACUGGAGAGAUAUGUUAGCAGGUGUGCGGUGUGUGAGACCAAAGCAAACAUCAUUGCUGUUCACAGUCAGACCAGUCAAGUACCCAAUUGUCCACAGGGCUGGCUCUCUCUCUGGGCUGGCUAUUCUUUUGUCAUGCAUACAGGAGCAGGGGCAGAGGGCUCUGGCCAACCCCUAGCCUCUCCAGGUUCUUGCUUACAAGAGUUCCGGAAGAUUCCGUUCAUCGAGUGUCAUGGGAGAGGGACAUGCAACUACUACACUGACUCCUACAGCUACUGGCUGGCCUCCCUGGACCCCGAAAACAUGUUCAGUAAACCCAGUCCUCAGACAGUGAAAGGAGACUCCCCAGGGAGUAUAGUCAGUCGCUGUCAGGUCUGUUUGAAGCAGUUUCAGAGGCUUUAAAAGCUGAAGAUCUGAUAUUGAGGGCUGGAAUGGAAUUUAAAUGUAUUUAAAUGUCACUGUGGGACUCAUGUUUCAAUAAUUGUUCUUAAUUGGAGAGCCAAGCAGCUAAGUCUGGUUUAUUGAAAAACGCUGAUCCCUGUUUUCUUCUCCUGCAGACAGCUAUUGACUGAAAUAGUAUGAGAAUCAGAAUCCUCAUAAGACCUUGCACCCUUAAAUUCUAAAAUUAGUUAUGGAAUAAGUGAAUGUUGAAAUGAAAUAAGAACCAGUACCACAUUUCCUGCUAGGUUUUAUGAGGUUAUGAAGCAUUUCAGUCUAUACCGGAAAUAUAGACUGCUAUCCUUACAACGUCACAGAAAUGAUGCUAGCAUACUGAAUGGGCAGAAAGUUAUUUGGUAUGACUCUGAAACUCUGAAAGAUAGAAACUAUGACAAGAACUGUGGUGAAUUGUAGGUUACAAUUUCAUUUUGUUUUUUCAUGUACUUGUUUUGUUUUAGGUGUUUUGAUUGAUGUCAUCUGUAUGCUAAUCUGGCUAACAUUUGCUAGCUAGCUGACCAAUUACUGCAAAAAUACAACAAGUGCAUUUGCUUUCAAUAAAAAUGUGAAAACUAAAUACAGACUUUUUAUAUUGUCAACAAUCCAAGUCAACCUCAUCUGUUUGG